AGUUCACGUGUAAUGUCAGUAGCUUGUUAUGGUAAGCGGGGGUGAAUAUAUCAGAAUUUUCUGUUGCUCUUCCCAAUUUUUCUGACUCUCUCUCCCGGGAGCUCUUUCCGAUCAAAGCCAGAAGGAAGAGAGAGAAGAGUUUCGAUCCCAUUCUAUCGACUCCUCGCCCUCCUCCAUUGCCGGAAAAUUUAUCCACCGCCGGGGAUAUUUCGGGAAUUUUCUUCUCGCUGCUCUCCGUCUCCAGGGCGAAGGGUUGCCGCCAUGAGGAGCGAGGACCAGCCAUCGCGGGUUCUCUACGAGCUCUGCUCCCUCCUCCUCUCGGUCCUCCGAUCCCCCCACCUAGCUGGACCGGAGAUGCCUCCGCCGCAGCCGCUGCCGGCCCGGGCAUCGAGGGCGGUGGCGGAGCCCCGGCUGGCGAGGUGGCCGCGGCCUCAGCUGUCGCCGACGGGGCUGGCGUCGCUGCUGCUCGGGAUGUCGCUGGCGAUGAUGUUCUGCGGGUCGGUGACGUUCGCGAUCGGGUUCAUUUUGAUGCCCUGGGUGCUGGGGAUGAUGAUGGUGCUCGGUUUCAUGGGAAUCGUCUCCAAUCUUUCUGGAUUGGGGCGGGCGAUCCUUUGCCUCGGCUUCCCUUCGGCCGCCGAAGCGUCCUCCAACGAGGUGCCAGGAUGCAGUAAAAGGCUGGAUCCAGCAAACAGCAACUGAUAUUAUCUUCACAGUUGUUAAGAGAAUGACCUCAGGAUGCUGUCUGCCAUGGGGGUCUUGUCCAUCUUUUUCCCCAUCUCUGUCAUGGAAUAGAGCACUGGGAAAUUUGCACAUCAGCUGUAUGGCUUCUUUAUGAGAUUUCUGUGUUAUUUUUAUCAUUUCUCAUUGGUACCUCAUUUCAUCUCCUUUUGCUUCCUAGUUGCAUGUCAACUCUUUCCUAAACUCCCAAUUGAUUCGAUGCCAGGCUGCAGCUAAGAUAGCAGCUCUUUCUCAUCCACUCUCGGUGAUAAAUGAAUUGUAAUCGAAUUGUAAUCUAAAUCAAAUACAUAGAAAUAUUAUAUGUAGUUGCCACUGCUGGGCUGCUAGCUUUUUUUAAUUUUUUUUUCUAUAUCAAUAUCUGGAGAAGUCUCGGCCAUCAUAAUAAUAACUCCGAAGCGUGUGGGCCCGAUAAGCAUCGAGUACCGUUCAUGGGUUGCCGCUCUGAGACGCAAACAGCUGGCAUUUCACGUGUCGAGCACAAAAUAAAAUGCCUAAAAAAAAAAAGAGGCCAUGGAACGUCUCCAUCCAUUUCAUUCAUGAAGCAAGACUGAUGCCAUGUCUUGUCAGAAGAGAGUUGAAAUCAGUCCAUAGAACAACAAUAAAGUAUAUUGGAAAAUAUAUCACAGUACUUUGAAGAUGGCCUUCACUUAUAGAUCACAAGAAGAAGAAGAACAAUAGAGAUUUCCACUUGCUUUUAAAAGAAG